AUGCUCCCAGCACCCCAGCCUCUGUCGCAGUUCUACCUGUCUGCCUACCUAAACCAACUGCGCCAGGAUGGGUACAGCAUCUUUCUUGUGCAAGGCGCUCUCCCGCCAGUCACCCUGGAUGAAGCAGGUGCCUCUGUAGAUGCGCCGGGCAGAUGUUUCACACCAGAGCAGGAGGGAAACAUGGUGACUUUGCAGUCACAGCAAGGCAAUCGCAGCAGAUCUCGAUCUCAGUCCUGGGGCGAGGAGGAUGAAGAUAUUGCAAAAGCUAUCGCUGCCAGUCUGGAAGGAAUCAUCGAACUCGCCAUCCGCUUACCAAAUGGGGCCCGGCUCAUGCGGCGGUUCAACAGCGGCCAGCCGGUGUCCGAUGUCCUGGAAUAUGUGCGCUACAGCUGCCCUGAAGUGGGGCCCAAGCCUGUCCUGAGUGCCCAGCUGCCGCGCAGAGUCUUGCAUGACGUCAGGCAGAAGCUCAGGGAUGCGGGGCUGGCCAAUCGAGAGGCUCUCACCGUCCAGGCACCUUCGUAG